AAGUGAGCAAUUGCUAUUUGAACAAGAUGAUGAAGAGGUUCUAUAUGUCGCUGCUAUUACAAGAAGCGUAUUCACUACUACCACUGCUUUUGUUCUUACCACUCGGAUUAAGUAUCAUAUGGUGCAGUAUUUGUUAGCAAAUACGAUAGUUGAUGAAGAACUUGCACAAAAGCCUUAUAAUGAUGAACAUGCUUCUACCAAUCUUGAUUCUGGUCAUAAACCUAACACUACAUCCCUUUCCCAAAGUAAUUUGAUGAUAUUUUCACAGGAGAAACAAGAUGACUUGUUUA